AUGCCCGAGGACACCCAGGAAGACACCACGGCACCAAUGAGCCCGAGGAACAGGGCAUCGCUGGCCCCCAACCACGUGCAGGAGGUGCGCCUGCACCAGGUGGAUUCCAUCAGCGACCUACACAGCGGAGGCUCGCUGCGCCCCUACCUGGACGAGGAGGCACAGCCAUGGGACGACCUGCUGGGCAUCUUCCCACCGUCGCUGUGCGCCCAGCCUGGCUGCAGGCCCAUGCUCAGCCGUGGGGGCUUCCUGCUGCUGCUCGCGCUGCUGGUGUUCACCUGCCUGGCGCUCGCCGUCCUGGCUGUCUACCUGAGCGUGCUGCAGAGCGAGUCUCUACACACGCUGGCGCACACGCUGCACACGCAGGAGGAGAUGCUUCUCAAACUCCGGCUGGCCAGCCUCAGCCAGCUGCGGAGGCUCAACGCCAGCGAGGCCCGAGCACCCAGCUGAGAUGCCGCUUGGACCUGGAAU